UGAGACCAUGAGACAGCUCAUGAAAGAACGGAUGAGGAGGCGCCACAGAGAAGAAAGUAGAAUUCCUUCUACUUUGUGGUAGCGCAUUGUACUAAGAAUGAAUACAAAGCGCAUGCGCCGUUGCUGCAUGCUGGGUCGCUCUACAGUGUCAAGUGAAAUAGUGAAUUUGUGUUGUCUGCUGCAAAACUAAAAUAUUGUGAAUUCCUAAUUCGUGAAGUAAAUAUUUAACUACGGGUUUUGUGCUGAAGCUGAAAGAAAUGUCCUCUUUUUCUAUUGCAAUUUGUUGUUUAUUUACUGUUUUGUAGGUAUUACGGUAAGUUAUUACUACCGUAUUUAGAACUCGGAAAGUCUCAAUUUGUUACAUUGUCAAACUUUGUUGCGUUUCUACUACGGUCAGUUGAAUGUAAUCGAGCACAACUUGAGUGAGAAUGGAGUCUACAACAAAAAUAUAUCUUACUACAAUAAAUUAGCAAAUGGGAUAUUGGAAAAAAUGAAGUAUUCAAAUCAUGUUGAACAGUCCAAAUUGGUGAAAAUUGCCAACCCCCGUCUUUGGGAAAUGAACAGAACCCUAUCAUCAAUUGUAUUUGACGGCAUAAAACAACCGGACAAUCACUUUCUACCGGAUAAAUCCCAGAAAUACUUUGACGAGAAAUUAAGAAAACGUUCGCACAAAUGUGUUGAGCGGCUGAUGGAAGAUUGCGACGUUUCUGAGGAAUGCUUGAAAGAGCAGACCAUGAAAGCAUUUGGAUUCAACACAAUCGACCAAGUGCUUUUUUGGCAAGUUUUCAAACAGAAUGGGUGUAAAAACACAGAUCGCCAUUUGAAUGCAGACCUCCAUAUACAUCGGAAAUGUUUAAAAUUAUUUUUAGAAAACUCUUACUUUCUUUUGGAGAACAAACUACCCGAACAUCUCUACAGCUUCUUUCUUGAUUCAGUUGGUAGAUGUGGCAUUGAAACAGCUCUUGAGUUUCUUUUCCCAGAAUACAAGGAGAGAGUACUUGAUGUAAUAACAUCAGUAACAUGCAGUUGUGGAGCAUCAUCUGGCACUAAGGACUCACAGAAGAAGGGAAGUGAGGAAUGUAGCAACCAUUUCAGAGCAGUACGAUUGUCUGCCUUAGCUGUCCAACUCAGAGAUUUGAUGAACUUCAGUAACUUCUAGAAUAUGUUCACUUCUAGAAUUCAAUCUCCUAGAAUUUUCUCUUCAAGAAUUCGAUCUUCUAGAAUUUAUUCUGAUAGUUUUCGGUAAGCUUUUCCUGGAUUGAACUAUUUGCAACCAGUAGUUUCCUUAAAAUUUUUCCCAACUUGGAAUGUUUGCUGAUUUACAAAGUAUUCACUGAAUUUGAAAUAUACAGUUCUUAGUUCGUGCAUUAGUGAUUGGUUUGUUGUGAUUCUGUUAGUAGAUGAGGUUUUCAUUUAUAUAUUUGUUAUUAUAUGUUAUUAUAUUAUUUGAUGCAAGAUUUAAAUGAUCCAUUGUUUUCAUAA